AUGGACACUGUGUUUGUAGGUGAUAAGAAACGGGUCCUGGGGACGGAAGGUUCGACCCCGCCCGUUGUGGGGGGUACAGAUGCCGUUGGGCAUGUUGAAUCUGGACUUGGUCUCGGUGCUGGUGACGAGCGCUAUGGGAUGUCGUCGAAAACGGAAUCAGAAGCCAUCGAUUUGGCGCGUCACGGUCGGCGUGUUAUACCGUACUUGUGGAAUGGAACAAAGGGGAAGAUAUUCAGGCCACCUACUGAUAAAAGCAACAACAAAUCAAUCGGGUUCCGAUACACGACUACAGAUCCCAAUUCUAACCAUCUACGCAUCCCCACUGCCGUGCACAUCACCAACAUGCAAACGUGCAUCGUCAUCAACGCCGUGGGAGCCGGCUAUGCUGCCUUUGUGCUGCUCUUUCCCAACAGCCAAAUUUCGCCAGGUGCCAAUAUACCUCGGGGGAUGAUUGUACCCGUCUUUGUAUUCGCGCUCGGAACGGCAUACACAUGCGCGAAAAUUCUUCGCAGUGAACGAGAGAACUUGAAAGUGUACCAGCGCUUAGACGGUGAGGAGAAUAUGUCUAUACCGUCGGGUGGCGGGUGCAACGUCAGCAUUUGGGUCCCCUGGAAUGCCAAAGUCGUGAUAGUAAAAAUCGGUUGUUAA